CUAUAAGGACAGAUGGAGAGAAGCCGUACACACCUGCAUGCACUUGAUUGCAUAAUUAACUCAGCGCGUACUCUUUGAACGCCAUCUCAUUGUUCACUCAUUCGGUCUUUCUAGUUCGCCUAGAGCUACAACUUCGACAAAACUCCUAACACUGUUACAGUUGACUGGUAAUUAAGCAAUAUAGCCGGCUUAACGGCGUAUAAGGGGGUGAAGUGGCGCAGGAAGUCGCGCCGUUUGACUCCCACGGCGUGCAUGGCCGCUGGUAACAUGCUGCGGGUCCCCGAAGGUGAGCUGACCAGCGACAUCCUUUCGUGCAUGUACGGGGGCGCGGUGCUGCCGCAGUACGCCAGCAUCAGGAAGUUCAGGCGGGGGAUCGACGGGAUCUACGUGGACACCGAGGACUGGAAUGAAGGGUUAAAGAGGCGCCAGAUGGUGAAUGAAAAGGAACGGCUUCGAAUCCGGAACCUGAACUGCAUGUUCUCCUGUCUGAAGCGAAUGGUGCCGUUAAUGCGGCGGGACCGCAAGCCGAGUAAGGUGGAUAUUCUAAAGGCUGCCUCCGAGUACAUCCGCCUGCUCUUGUCCGUCCUGAAUGACACUCCGGAGACGAUAUGUGUAGGACCCCAGUGUGUCUCUCAGGUCCUGGGUACUGUUCCGGGACCCGACCUGAUAGAUGGCAUGACCUUGUCAGUUCCCACUGUGGCAUCUGGAGUUUCUGGGGAGGAUGUUGGGGACGUUGGUGGGUUACUGUUUCAUCAGUGUGUGAUGCCCACAUACCAGUAUGUCAUCCAGCUGACCCCAGAUCAGGCAAUGAUGUUCCAGUCCUGUUAGGGAUGAAACAUACAGGUGUUCAAUCCAGAGGGAACAUGAGCACUUUCAGGGGUGUUGAAGAUUAUUUAUUUUUUCUUUUGGUGAAGACUUCCAUGGAUGAAUUGUGCACAUGUUGUGUGCAAGACGCUUCUGGUACAACAGCCCCUUAAAAUAAAAACUGAAAGCAUUGUA